AUGGUUGCUCAAUCAGAUCGUAAACCAAAUGCAACCCAUGUUUCAAUCGAUGACUUUGAAAAUGACACAAUUACGGAGGUUGCUGCAAAAUUCUGGGCUCCAUUCACUCAGAAUCAUGCUCCUUACGAUCCUAAGUUGAUUGAAACUAUUUAUAAGAAUGAAAUGGUCAACACUCGUUACAGUCCUAAAAGAACUGUGAUGCUGGAGUUCAGUCAUUUCCUUGAAUGUUUCCUGUGGCCUAAUUACUCUGAGUCUUCAACACCUGCACAUAUUCUUUGCAUCGCUAUAAUGGUGAAUGAGAAGUUCAGAGAGAGGGUUCCCGCUUGGCAGUGUUUCAUUGAUGCACCAGAAAAAUUCCCGGAUCUCAUUCAUAAAAUCUUGAAUAUGGCACUUCAAACUGACGGUCUCACUAGUGCGGAACACUGCGCUAUCUUCACUUUCCUUGUAAAUUGUUUCAACUCCGUGGAGAUCGAUAUUGUUCGCGAACAAAUGAGAAAACUCACAAGCAUGUCUAUAUGGGUCAACUUACUUCCAUCUCAGAGAGAAGAGCUUUUUUUAUCAAACCGAAAACUACGCAAAUGCUGGGUGGCACUGGAGAAAAAGUUCGGCACGGAAGAAGAUCCCAAGCGUGCCGAAUUUGAGCGGACAUUUUUGUUCAAUUUGAUACAACGUUUCAAAAAAAUCCUUGACAAACUGGAUGACGAUACAGCUGACAUUGAUAUCGAUGAUAUUCGGUAUUGCGAACGGUUCAUCGAGCUUAUGAUUGAUCUCGAAUCACUUCUUCAAACCCGUCGAUUCUUCAAUGCCAUUUUACAUUCAUCUCACUUAUUAACUCAUUGUUUGUUAUCUAAAUUAAUCACAUCGGAAGCAGGAACUUUGUUCUGUCAGCUUGUAACUAUGCUCAAGUUCUAUGCCAGGUUUGAAAUAGACGACCUCAGUGGUCAGCAACUAUCUCACAAAGAGGUAGCCGAAAAACAUUAUGAACAUGUUAUUCAACUUCAGAAAGCUGCUUUCAAAUAUUUCAAAGAGAGCAUGCCGGAUUUCUACUUGUUGAAUGUUAGUGGAGUUGAUUCCCGAAAAGCCCUCCUACAUCAGCUGAAAUAUAUGAAGAAAGAGGAGAUUUAUCGAUUUGCUGAGUAUCUUCACUUAGUCCCUCCCGCUUCACCUGCUGCUCUUGAAGAAUAUACGAAGGAAUUCCUUUCAGAAACCAUUGUUCUUCAAUGUGAGAGAAGGGUAAAUCAACUCCAACAGCUGAACGAGCAACCUCUAUACCCAACAGAGAAGGUCAUUUGGGAUGAGAACGUUGUACCAUACGAGCAUUACUCUGGAGAAGGCGUUUUGGCACUCUCGAAGUUGAAUCUUCAAUUUUUGACUUUACACGAUUAUCUUUUGAGAAACUUCUCCCUGUUCCAGUUAGAAUCAACUUAUGAGAUUAGACAAGAUCUAGAAGACGUUCUGUUUCGUUUAAAGCCUUGGAAACAUGAGACAAAAGAUGAGACUGUUUGGGGAGGCUGGGCCCGCAUGGCACUUCCUUUAGAACAUUUGCAGAUUGUUGAGGUGGCUAAACCAUUAGUUGGAGAGAAGAGUCCUGCUUCUGUAAAAGCUGAUUUUUCUGUGAACGUUGGUAAGAGAAUGGAUAUCAGGCAUGAAUGGGAAUCAUUAAGAAAGCAUGAUGUCUGCUUUUUGGUGACGUGUCGUGCAGAAGCACCAGUAGGAACCAAAUAUAACACAAGAGCUCCAUUCAAAGAUCAAAUCCAAAUUACGUAUGUGCGCGGUUGUGAAAUUGAAGGAAUGCUCGAUCAAAAUGGACAAGUCAUUGAAGAAUACGCCUCAUAUGAAAAAAAAAUAUCUGUACCUGGCGAAAUCAGGAAAUUCCGUGUUUCUCUGGAUCCAAACCAGUACAGAAUUGACAUGGAAGAAAGAGCGGAAAAGAACACAGAGGAUGUUUACUACACGUUCAAUUUGGUUGUUAGAAGGGAUCCUAAAACAAAUAACUUCAAGGCGGUUCUUUCUACUAUUCGGCAACUUCUCAAUACUGACUGUGUUGUUCCUGACUGGCUUACUGAUGUAGUACUUGGAUAUGGUGAGCCUGAUUCCGCUCAUUAUACAAAGAUGAACAAUGUUGUUCCAAGUUUGGAUUUCAAUGAUACCUUUUUAUCAUAUGAUCAUGUCAAGACUUCAUUCCCGGGAUACGAGAUCGUCCCUAAAACUGAGAAUCCUCUUCCUCCCUAUAGAUUGACUUUCAAAGAUUUGGAGAGACGUCCUGAUGUUGAAGCUAGUAAAGUCAUAGAAGUAGAACAUAUUGAACGAUUGAAAAAGACUCCUUAUGAUGUCAAGUUGAAAAAAAAUCAAGUUCAAUUCACACCAGCUCAAGUAGAAGCUAUUAAGGCUGGUAUGCAACCAGGUUUAACUAUGGUUGUUGGACCUCCCGGAACCGGUAAAACCGAUGUUGCUGUUCAAAUAAUCUCGAACAUUUACCACAAUUGGCCAAAUCAGAGAACUCUUGUAGUUACUCAUUCUAAUCAAGCUUUAAACCAACUGUUCGAAAAAGUCAUUGCGUUGGAUGUAGAUGAACGACAUUUACUUCGAAUGGGUCAUGGCGAAGAAUCUCUGGAAACCGCAAAGGAUUUCUCGCGUUACGGACGUGUUAAUCAUGUUCUUAAGGAAAGAAUCCAACUUCUCGCAGAGAUAGGAAGACUCUCUGAAUCAAUGGGCGUUCCUGGAGAUGUGUCUUAUUCUUGUGAGAAUGCUGGACAUUUCUUCCGAUUCACGGUUCAUCGCGCUUGGGACGAUUUCCUCGAUAAGCUCUCAUCUCAAAAUGCUACUGUAGCUUCCAUUUUCCCAUUUGCCGCAUACUUCGCUGGUUUGCCAGAAAUGUUCACGGGUAAUAACGAUCAAGAUUUGGAUACUGCGAAAACAUGCUGGCGUCAUAUUUGUCACAUUUUCGAGCAGUUAGAAGAGUUCAGAGCUUUUGAACUUUUGCGCAAUGGCCGUGACAGAACAGAAUACUUAUUGGUGAAAGAAGCUAAAAUUAUUGCCAUGACAUGUACGCACGCAGCUUUGAGACGUAACGAGUUGGUGAAGUUGGGAUUCAGAUAUGAUAAUAUCAUAAUGGAAGAAGCCGCCCAGAUUCUGGAAGUAGAAACCUUCAUACCGUUGCUGCUACAGGAUCCCAAAGAUGGAAGAAGUAGACUGAAGAGAUGGAUAAUGAUUGGAGAUCAUCAUCAAUUGCCUCCAGUUGUCCAAAAUCAGGCUUUCCAAAAGUAUUCUAACAUGGAACAAUCAUUGUUUGCUCGAUUCAUUCGCCUCGGAGUUCCUCAUGUACAACUUGAUUGCCAAGGUCGUGCUCGAUCAGAUAUUGCUAUGCUGUAUAGUUGGAGAUAUAAAAAUCUCGGUAAUUUACCGCAUGUUGAGAAAAUGCCGUUCUUCCAGAAAGCCAAUCCGGGAUUCGGAUUCUCUUUCCAAUUGAUCAACGUUCCAGAUUUCAAUGGCGUUGGUGAAUCUCAGCCCAGUCCUUUCUUCUACCAGAAUCUUGGAGAAGCCGAAUAUGCUGUAGCUCUGUUCAUGUACAUGAGAAUAUUGGGCUAUCCAGCGGAAAAAAUUUCGAUCAUCACCACCUAUAAUGGACAGGCUCAACUGAUCAGAGACGUAGUACAGGGUAGAUGCGCCCAAAAUCCGUUGAUUGGAGUUCCUCAUAAAAUUUCCACCGUGGAUAAGUACCAAGGUCAACAGAACGAUUACAUUAUUUUGUCGUUAGUGCGGACGAGAAAUGUUGGUCACUUACGUGAUGUUCGUCGUUUGGUCGUCGCACUUUCUCGUGCCCGUUUAGGUCUCUACGUCUUGGCUAGAGCUGAACUAUUCCGUAAAUGUUUCGAACUCGCUCCAGCUUUCGAUGUGCUCUGUUCUCGGCCACCUCGAUUGGCACUCAUUCCUAAUGAACCAUACCCAACUUCCAGAAAAAUUCAUGAGAAGGCUAAGGCUGAAGUAUUGAUGAUUGAGGACACUGUUCACAUUUCUCAUUUCGUUCACAAUUUCUAUUUGAGCAAUAUGGAAGCAAUGAAAUCUCGCUUCGAUGAUGCUAGAAAAGCUUACGAACAAGAAUUAAAGAGUUUCGUACCAGAAGUAGAACCCAUGGACGCUCAAGAGGCAGAGUUAAGAGCUGCCGAAAUUAGAAGAGCUAAGCAAGAAGAAGCAGAUGGCGAGCAGCAGGAUAUCGUUUUUGAAGAAAUGGAUUUCCAGCAACUGGAGGAAGUUCCCAAAUAUUAA